AAAUGCGAUUUCACUGUGGAUUUUCAGUUCAAUGAACCGUGCAAUAUUGUGACAUUGGGUAUUGGUCACGAUGUCACUUCUGAAUGGAAACUCAAAAACAUUCUACCUGAGCAUUGCCAGUUUUACGGUGCUGAUCCAUCUGAGGAACAAAACAGACGUUUAUAUGAAGGGCUCAGAGGGAAAUUCUUUCCCAUCGCCGUUGCUGAUAAAACUCACAAUAGAACAUCGUUUUUAAUGAACUAUAAUGGUAGCGGAAGAUAUCAGAAUGAAACAAUACGACACAUCGGCAUCGUAGAGUUCAUUAAGCAUCAUGCUCAUAUUCAAUCACCAAUCGACUUAAUUCUUAUUGAUAUCGAAGGAGCUGAGGCUAGUGCAACAAACAUACUCUUUGAUUUGUUGCCGUUCACUGCGCGAGAAAAUGAAUACGAUCAGAACGGUAUAGUCUUCUGCCAGAUAAACGUAGAGUUCCAUUGGCCUAAUGAAGAACAACGGAAUGCGCUCAACUUAUUCAUCUUGACGAAUCUCGUCCAGAAAAAGUUUUCUUUUCAAGAUUUUUUUCACUCUAUUGGAAUUCUUUCCCCUAAACGGAUUCUUCAUAUGCAUCAAAGAAUCCGUUACAGUCGAAAGAGAAAAAACAAAGACUAUGUAACAGUGAAAUAA